CAAUCUUUGUUGUUAAACUCGCACGGCCUCAUCGUUUCCGCUUAUACUGGGAAAAAACCUCUCAAAUCAGUCAUGUGUGAAAGGAGCGACUGUGCCCCACCUGAGAUCUUCUCUGCCAUCCGAUUUAAAGCACUUGACUAUGUGUUUGAGACCAGCACCACCCUGAAGGUCACUUUGAACUUACUGGCACUGCCAACACCUUAUUUAACUGGUGGCAGUGACCUGUACCCCCACAGUGGAAGGGUCCCUGAUGUCACCUACAGGAUGCCGUGGAUCCGAGGAAAGGUGAUUUCUUCCUGCCGUCUCUUCAUCAGUGGUUCAGUUCUUGAAGACCUUGGAGGGAAGAAUCAACCUGUUCAUUCACUAGAAAGAUUUACCGUGGAAGCAGACGAGGAGAUUGUCCCCAGCUCUAACCCUGACUCAUUAGACCAGGAGCAGUUUGUUUGUUUGAAUAAGCAGAUCGAUGAUGCAUGUCAGGAAAGAUUUUCUAAGCGGACAGCUGACCAGGAAGGUUCAGACAGUAAGACCAAAGAUCUCUUUCUCCCCGAGGAGCUCAUGACUCUGGAUUUGCUGGCACAGUUCAAAAGACAUUUGCCGUCUCUGACAGCCAAACUGUCCAGACUGAAGACGCUUCCCGUGGCUGACCCUCUGCUGAACUCCACAGGAAUCGCCAUCUCCGAGGACUCCAUGUUCAGUUGCUUUUCACGAUGUGCGUCCUAUCAGGAGCCUCCAGCCGCCGCCGGCGUCGGCGCCGACACGCGUGGAGACGUUCAGGAACAGUUUGUCAAGCAGCCGCUCUUAGAGGCAGAGUCUCUGCUGUUACCUCCUGUAGUCGACAGUCUCCAGCUCAGCCCACGAAACUACACAGCCUUUUCCACAGUCUGUGGCCGUCUAAGCAGUUUUCCAGAACCGCUGGGGGAGCAGCGGCCUGUCCUGGAUUUGCUUCGCAUAGCGACCCUCUCAGGAAUUUCAGUGGAUAUUUCUCAGUUUGAUGAACGGCAGGAAGACAGAAAAGAAAGCUCAACGAGUGGAAGACUGAUCGAGCUACAGUGUUCAGGGGAGGUUGUGUCUCCAGCUGGAGCUGAGCUGGACGUCAUUCUGAGCCCGACUCCUAAGAAGAACACCGACCACAUCAGUCUCUCAACGUCGCAUCUCCAGGAAGAAGAGCUGCCCCCGUUUGGCCCGAUAUCCUUGUUGUCAGCGAGAACUCGGUGCGAGAUGAAGAAAACGCUGUGGAGCUCAGAGAAGCAUCUGACCUCUGUGCUGCGCUUUCUGUUGUCAGAGCCUCCUUCAUGUGAACCAGCUGCGGGCUUCCAACCUCUGUGUGAAGCCAUGAGAGUCAUCGAACUACAAAAAGAAAAUGUAAGCAGUGCCAAACUGGAACUACAGCUGAAGCCAGAAAGCCCAGAGAUAGUUGUGGGUAAAAGGCUCGAGUUCGUGGAGAGGAUGAUGUCUGAGGUUCCUACAGACAGAAAGGUCGAGAAGGAAGACUUCAGAAGUCUGGGACCUGAAGACGAGGAGGACGAGGAUUUGUAUAAAGUAGAACUUGUCGAUGCGGUUUCUCCAAACAAAGCCCACCUCCAACAGGAAGACGCUGUCGACUCGUCUCAGAGCUCGUCCUUGGUGCCCGUCGCCGAUGAUGGGUUCAAGACCCGGCAGAGCGCCCACAGUUCUGAGUGGACUCUGCCCACAAGAUCACAAGUCGGCGAUAAUCCGAGGAGUUUGAUCUACACAAAACCUGAGCCAGAGAAAAACCUCGACCCUCUGUCCGACUUCCUGAUGCUGAGGACACAGCAGCUUCCUUCAGCCGGCGCAACAUCUCCAGCUUCAGGCAUCUCUGAGUCUGCAGGAGAGGCGAAGCAUCCGACUCCAGAGAAGGAGCAGCAGCCUCCUCCUGAGGAGACGCAGACGGCUGACAGGAAGCCAGCGUACGUGAGCCGCGCCGAGAGAGGAGACGUUUGCAGAGAGCAUCCCCCCACCGCUCUGAGGAUGAGUCGGCUUGAAGACUCGAACCUUCAGGAGAAACGUAACAGCGGAGUCAUCCAGGUUCAGCCAACAGAAAGUCAGCGGCGGGCCUACGCCGAGCUGCUGGCCUUCGCUCGGCCCCGUCUGGCUUCUGCCAGACAGCUGGGGCUCAACUUCUCCUCGUGGGGAGACUUCAGCUGCUUGGCCCCGGACCAAAGCCAUUUCCUCCUCAAACAGCAGGAGAGGGCCCUCUGCAGGACGCCGGCAGAGAGCACGGAGCACGUCAAGGAUCAGGAGCGGCUUUUUAACCUGGCUGCUCUGAUCCAUGUGCUGGUGACGUUCAAAGAGCUGCUGCUGAAGUGUGACCUGAGCGUCGCUGUGGAGUACCUGACCAAAGCAGCUGAGGCGUGUGCAGAUGCCGGCCUGAUGCAGCUGCUGAAGAGGCUGCAGAUCGUCCUCUUCCUCAGCCACAAGAAGGAAGAACCCAACUUCAAGCUGCUGAAACUUCAGCAGCUUUUGGCCGAACGGCUGCAAAGCAGAAAAGGAGAUGGCGGCACAGGGAAAAUUCUUGUCAUGCUGUCUGUGGAAUCUAAUGAAAGCAGUUCAAUGAUGGUCAGCAGCCUGAGCAAAGUGACCGGAGCUGCUGUGAGUUCAGUUUGUCCCGAAGAGGACAAGAAGAAGCUGAACGGUGCCAGUGUGGUCAGCAGCGUCCGCGACAGCGACUGUGUGCUGGCGUUCGAGCGUCACAUCGGCGCCGACUUUCCCUGGAGCUGUUUCUCUCUGCUGGUGGAGUUUGACCGUCCAGGCCAGUCCCCCUGGUCCACGGUGUGCAGUGAGAGGAGCGUCGCCCACUUCUCCUUCACCACCAGCCUCUCUGACGCCGACUCAGAGAAAGUCUCUUGGCGUCUGGAGGAAAACGUCCCGUUUGUGCUGUUGGUGACCGAGGGGCUCCUGAACUCUCCUCUGCUCCUGCAGACGCUUGAGUCAGGCUUCGGCGUCUCUGUGCUGGAAAGGAGCCCCUCUCUGACGCUGCAGAAGCUCGGAGGGAUCCACAAUUACGCUGUGAUCACCGUGGAUGAAAGCACUGCCAUCAUCAUUCAGGAGCAGGAGGAACUGGGAGAAGAUGGAGCCAGCGAGGGACUGGUGAUGAGGCUGAGUGCGCUCUCUCUGCAGUACAGCUGCUGUUGGCUCAUCCUGCACUGCCCUGACAGCCAGGAUGGAGGAUUUUCAAGCGAAGCCUUCAACAACCUGGUGUUGGUUUAUUCGUCUCUGGUUCUGUUCGGCAUGAAGUCCGAGGAGCUGGAUGUGAAGGUGCUGAUUGUGUCAGAAGUGUUGGAAAUGGCCCAGUUUAUCAAUCGGAUCUGCUUCAGCACCCUGAUGUCCAAAGACGGGGAUCCUCGGAGCCACCUGAGCAGAGACUGGCUCACCAUCAGCCCUUCUCAGGAGGAAGAGUGUCUGUCCCAGUUUCCGUGCAUUAACCCUCUGGUCAGCCAGCUCAUGUUACACAGAGCUCCAUCCCUGCAGUGGCUCCUAGGGGCCGAUCUGCCGCAGCUACAGCAGUUACUUCCUGAGGUGCCUCAUAAAGUCCUUAAGCUGUUCAGCGACAUCACCUCCUUGUACUCGAGCAACCCAGAGCCCCCUGCCGCUCUGACAACCGUCGACGAGACAAACCAACAAACCGGGCCUUUCAGAAGCCCCCAGACCUUCGGUGCUGAGCCUGAGUUCAUGAGUUGUCUCCACCCAGAGCCGUUCACCAGCUUCCUGUGCGGAGCUACGAACCCAGACGACCUAUUCCCCACCCAAGACUCCUCAGACUUCAAAUUCGACCUGAACGGCUCUUUUGGGAGCCCCGUUGUUGACCUCCUGACAAACUGGACCAGAAGAGACCCCUGGAAGGAGGAGGAGGAGGAGAAGAAGCCUCCCGUUUGGAGAGGCCGAGCUGGAGCAGCAGGGAGAGUUGUAGAAAGAGCGCCAGACGCGUGGACACUGAGAGACUCUCCAUAUAACCACAGCUCUGACCCUCACACAGCGGACAGUACAGUGAGCCUGGAGCCCAGGUUCAGUUACCGCCCCGCCCUGCUGCAGCCGGCCACCGGCCACACAUCCUCCCGUCCCGUCAUCAGCGGCGACCUCCAGCAUCCUCAGAGCUCUCACCUCAGCUACAGUCGGCGCCCCCCCACGGAGGUCAGGUGGGAGCAAAGCUACGACGGCAUCUCCGGCCCUGGGGGGACGGCGGCAGGCUCAUCUUUGCGCGGGUCCGUGUUCUGGGAAGAUCCGGAGAGGAAGAGGAGCGGCGCUGCAGCCGGUCUGGUCGGAUCAGUGCUGACGCCGCUGAAGAAGGGAAGGCUGAGCUACGAGAGGGUACCGGGCCGGAAGGAUGGACAAACCAGGCUUAAAUUGUUUUAAUGUUGAUUUUUAUUUCCUAUUCCUGUUUUAAAAAUAAUAAAAAAAAAAAAUGAAUGUGAUGAAACUGAGCGGGUUCAGGUAGCUGUAAUCUAAAACCGUUAACUGAUAUAUGAUUGUACUUUAACGCCUUUCACUGAGCGGGGCUCGUUUCUUCAGGAUUUAAUAAACCAAAACCUAUUAUUUGAUCGUUUCAGUCAUCUUGUAACUCGUCGUGUUAAUCUGGGAUAAACUGUGAAUGGAUUAAAAUAUAUAUCCUCCGUUGUGUCCUACUGCGUCACAGCUAACACCGAUUGCCACAUGUGUGUGUCACAUUAAAAUAUUUAAAUAUAU